AUGUCGUUUACUCCCGAUGUCUCAAGGAAAAGCGGAGUGGGAGUGAUCCCAUCUCCUGCUCCGUUCUUCACUCCACGCCCCGAGAGAAGACGAACUGACUCCUUCGCUAGCCGCCUCGAAAGAGACAAAGAGGUCAAUGUUCAAGUCAUUCUCCGAUGCAGACCCCUAACCGAAGAGGAGCAGAAAUCAAACGUCCCUAGAGUGAUCUCUUGUAACGAAUUGAGAAAAGAAGCCAAUGUUCUUCACAGCGUUGCUAAUAAACAAGUCGACCGCGUUUUCACCUUCGACAAGGUUUUUGGUCCAAAAGCACAGCAACGGUCCAUAUAUGAGCAAGCCAUUUCACCUAUUGUUCAUGAAGUCUUGGAAGGUUUUAGCUGCACUGUGUUCGCUUAUGGACAAACAGGAACGGGAAAGACUUACACUAUGGAAGGUGGAAUGAGGAAUAAGGGAGGAGAUUUACCUGCGGAGGCAGGGGUGAUUCCGAGAGCUGUUCGUCACAUUUUCGAGACUCUCGAGGCGCAAAACGCUGAUUACAAUAUGAAAGUGACUUUCUUGGAGCUGUACAAUGAGGAAGUUACAGACUUGUUAGCUCAAGAUGCUUCUUCUGAUGAUAAUGUUAAGCAGAAGAAGCCUGUUUCUUUGAUGGAAGAUGGGAAAGGUUGUGUGGUUUUGAGAGGUCUUGAGGAAGAAGUUGUGUACAGCGCUAACGAUAUCUACGCUCUUCUUGAACGAGGCUCGUCAAAGAGACGCACGGCGGAUACUUUGUUGAAUAAACGGAGCAGUCGCUCUCAUUCGGUGUUUACUAUUACGGUCCAUAUAAAGGAAGAGUCUUUGGGAGAUGAAGAGCUGAUCAAGUGUGGGAAGCUUAACCUUGUGGAUCUUGCUGGAUCCGAGAAUAUCUUGCGGUCAGGGUCUCGGGAUGGCCGUGCAAGAGAAGCAGGGGAGAUAAACAAGAGCUUGCUUACACUAGGCCGUGUGAUUAACGCGCUUGUGGAACAUUCUUCUCAUAUACCUUACAGGGAUAGUAAGCUGACAAGGCUUUUACGGGACUCUUUAGGAGGGAAGACAAAAACUUGUAUCAUUGCUACAAUCUCUCCUUCUGCUCAUUCCUUAGAAGAAACCUUAAGCACUUUGGAUUAUGCAUAUCGUGCUAAGAACAUCAAGAACAAACCCGAGGCAAACCAGAAAUUAUCUAAGGCUGUGUUGCUUAAAGACCUUUACUUGGAGCUUGAGAGAGUGAAAGAAGAUGUAAGAGCGGCAAGGGAUAGAAAUGGUAUUUACAUAGCACAGCAACGAUAUGCAGAAGAAGAAGCUGAAAAGAAGGCGAGAAUCGAGAGGAUAGAACAGUUGGAGAAUGAUUUAAAUCUCACUGAAAGUGAAGUUUCCAACUUCCGUGACCUUUACAUGACUGAGAAAGAAAAGUUACUGGAUGUAGAAAGCGACCUUAAGGACUGCAAGAGAAACCUAGAUAGCAAAAACAAGGAGUUGCUUGAUCUCAAAGAGAAUUACAUCCAAGUUAUAACAAAGUUAAAUGAAAGGGAAGCCAUCAUCUCCAGAAUGAAAGCCUCAGAGACUUCUUUGAUCGACAGUGCAAAGGGGUUACGUUCUGAUUUGCAGCAUGCGUCAAAUGAUAUAAGUUCGCUGUUCACAAGAUUAGACCAAAAGGACAAGCUGGAAUCUGAAAACCAGAGCAUGCUUCUAAAAUUCGGCUCGCAGCUUGAUCAAAACCUUAAAGAUUUACACAGAACAGUUCUUGGAUCAGUCUCUCAGCAACAGCAACAACUAAGAACUAUGGAAGAACAUACUCACUCAUUUCUUGCUCAUAAAUAUGAUGCAACACGUGAUCUUGAAUCAAGAAUUGGGAAAACAGCAGAUACUUAUACUUCAGGAAUAGCAGCCUUGAAGGAACUUUCUGAAAUGCUGCAAAAGAAAUCUUCCUCUGAUCUGGAGACGAUAAACUCUUCUGUAGGAUCACAAAUAGAGGCUGCUGAGCAACUUCUCACUGCAUCAGCAACAGAGGCUGCUAAAGUCACUGAGGACAUCCGGGAUUCACUUAAUCAUCAAAAGAAGGUCUUAGCUCUUGCUGCAAGACAACAAGAGCAGGGACUGAUCAGAAGCAUGAGAUCUGCACAAGAAAUUUCCAACGCAACUUCCACCAUCUUCAGUAACAUCUACAAGCAAGCUCACGGCAUGGUGGAAGCCAUUAGAGCAGGCCAAGAUGAGAAAUCAAGACAGCUUGCUGCUUUUGAAAUGAUGUUUAAGGAAGAGGCAGAAAGAGAAGAGAGACAAGCCUUAAAUGACAUCAGCCUGAUAUUAUCAAAGCUAACUACAAAGAAAACAGCAAUGGUCUCUGAUGCAUCACGAAGUAUCCGAGAACAUGACAUACAGGAAGAGAAGAGACUGCAGGAACAUAUGUCCGGUAUGCAGCAAGUCUCGAUCGGCGCAAAGGAGGAGUUGUGUGAGUAUCUAAAGAAAGCAAAAACCCAGUUCACUGAAAACACAAUAGCUUCAGCAGAGUCUAUCACAGUGAUGGACAAUUACCUUGAAGAUUGCUUGGGAAGGACAAAUGAGUCUAAAAAACUCUGGGAGACCACUGAAACAGGCAUAACGAAACUUAACACGAAGUAUCAACAAGAGCUUAAUGUCAAAAUGGAGGACGUGGCAAAAGAAAAUGAGAAGCUGCACGAUGAAUUUGCAUCCACAUUCUCCACAAUGGAUGAUAACUUUGUUACUAGGACUAGUGAACUUCACGCAGUUGUUAAUGACUCGUUGAUGCAAGACCGUGAGAACAAAGAAACAAUGGAUGCCAUAGUGGAGACUUGCAUGAAGGAGGUCACGUUAUUGCAAGAGAAUCAUGGGAAAGCAGUAUCAAAUGUUAGAAACAAAGCAGAACAGUCUCUCAUAAAAGACUAUCAGGUUGAUCAGCGCAAGAACGAAACGCCAAAGAAACAAGCCAUUAAUGUGCCGAGCUUGGCGUCGAUUGAGGAGAUGAGGACUUUGUUUUCGAAGACUACUCUCAGCGAAGAUAACACAAGCGUGGAGAAAAGAUCAGCUAAACAGGGACAAGACGAAGCUAACAACAGAACUCCAUUCUUGGAAGUAAACAUGUGA